AUGGAAGACUCCCGCCGGCUCAGCAAGACGGUCUGUAUAGUGUGCCGGACACGGAAGCAGAAGUGCGACCGUCGCCUGCCCUCGUGCAACUUCUGCAUACAGAGCGGCCUUGAGUGCCGCUGGGUGACGGCGAAACAGCCUGGCCUCCGCGCCGGCUAUGUUUCGGAACUGGAGAAGAGGCUCUCCGUCCUGGAGAAGGAAGUCCGCAGCCUCAAAACUCAUCAGCCUGCCCCGUCCUCUGAUUCCGGCCACGCUAGCGCCGCCUCCAGCGAAAGCCCCCGCCUGGAUUCCUCCUCCCCAAGCCAAUCUCCCUCGCCGUCAAGUCUGCGCACCUUCGACCCCCUUGCCUCGCCAACUUUGAAUGAACUCUGCGAUUUGUGGUUUCGAGACUACCAUCCUUGGUUCUCAAUCCUGCAUCAACCCUCUGUUGCCGAUGUCUUGCAGGCGAAUAUCCCGCCCGCGGAUUCCAACUUGAGCAUCGUCUUCAAAGCCAUUGCAGCCGUGACCAUUUCACAUUCGUCAGUCUCCGGGGCUCCCCCUCUCGAGGAAAGACGGAGGAUAGCCAAGUCUCUGCGGAAUGAUGUCGUCAUGGAAGCGAUGGGCACUUUGUCCUUGAACUGCCUUCAGUCCAUACUGAUUAUUACGCUCUUGGACUCAGCUGCCGGCAAGUUGACGGACUACUGGAACCUCAUAGCUCUUUGCAAGCGAAUAUCCACACUCCUGGGUCUCCGGGAUCUCGUGAUCAAUAAAUGCGCCAACUUCAACCAGCUUUCAAGGCUGCCGCCCCGCAUGCUGCCGUUACCCGGCACUUUGGUAUCACAAGAGGAGAACGUCCGCGCCUACUGGAUGACAGAAGUCCUGGAUUCAUCCUCCACUCUCGGUGUUGCUUGGAAUCUUGGCUUACCUCAGCCCAUUGAAAACGCAUUGUUACCCUGUAAUAACGCCGUGUGGUCUUUCUCUGAGGCGGCUAUGGGCAUAUGGUCGCUUGAUGAUCUUGAAUUCUCUUCGUCCUUUUCGCUCUACGUCGGCCUGUUCACAACCGAACUCUGGCAUGUCCACAACUUUCUGCAGCAAUCGUACGAUAUGAGGUCCGCAGAAGACCGUCCGCAGGCACAAGUAGACUGUGAGGCUGUAGACGCUCGGCUCUUGCAAUGGCAGGCAGGCUCCGGCUCCAUUGCGUUCACGCCCGGCAAUCCUCUCACACCCUUUGACCCCAACAUCCUGAUGACCCGAUGCAUGUUCAACGCUGCAAUCAUCCUCAUAUAUCAACGGCUCACCAUUCCGCCCCACGGCCUCGACCACCUCUUCGAACCGUGGUUCCACGCCAUCCAACGCUGCCUGGACAGUUGCAACGACAUCACCGCAGCCGUGCGCGUAGUCGACGAUGUCGAUGUCGAGACCACGAACCCACAGCUGAGCUUCUGCAUAUUCGUCGCAGCACGUUUCCUCCUCGUCCACGCCAAAUACUUCAAUCUCGAAUGUCCCCGUAACCUAGACCUCCUCGUCUACGCCCUCAAGACUUCAGGCCAACGCUGGCCUGUAUCACACCGGCGCGAAAAGGUCAUCCGCACCGCCCUCUCAGAGCACAAGAUCCCCCUCUCCAUCAGCUCGCUGCCCUCGCAGUUCUUCGACCUGCAAUACUCGGCCCUCGACAUCGACGACGCGCUGCACCUCUGGGCGCAGCGGCUGCAGCCCUGGGUGCACCUGCUGCACGCCAACCCGAACUCGGUGGCGGCCUCGGGGAUGCACAACGGCACCAGCAAUCAGACCGGUGUUUCUGGUGGUGCCUCCGUCGCUCCUUCUACUACUGCUCCUUCCACGACGACCGCGGCGGGUGCCGUUGCUGCUCGGAAAGGGAACAUCGGUGCGAUUUUGGGGGUGGAGGCGGGGUUUGACUUUCAGGACGUGCAGACGUCCGCCGCGUUGCUUGACACGUAA